UUUUCCCCUCUAGUGAUAUAGUUCAAAAGUUUCGGUCGUGAAAAUGGCGGAAAACGAAGGAAAAUUCGAUUCCGUACUGUUUGCGAUGGCAGAACAACAUCCCGGUGGUGUACCAGAGAUGUUAGCGACAUUUGCUGGAUUUUUGAACCGAAAGACUGAUUUCUUUGAUGGCGGCGAUGAAGGAGAAUGGGAAAAGCUGGUGCUGAAAAUAUUCCGCCGGGAAGCGGCCAAAGCACAGGAAGUGGCACGUAAAAAGCGCGAGGAACGUGAAGCACAGGAACGCCGGCGUCAGGAAGUGCUGCGCAAGAAAAAGGAGGAGGAAGAACAAAGCAAAUCAGCGACGAUUACCGAGCUGACGGAUGAGGAGGCAGAAAAGUUGCAGAAGGAGCUCGAUGCGAAAAAAUUAACGGAAAGUGAACCACCAGCGAAAAAGGCGACACCGACAGAGGAGAGCGCAGAAAAUAAAGAAAAAAAGGCGGACAGUGAUACGGAGGAUGUGGAACCGGGUGAUGAAGGUAAGCUAAAACCGAACCGAGGCAAUGGGUGCGAUCUGGAAAAAUACAACUGGACACAGACGCUGCAGGAAGUUGAGUUGCGCGUUCCGUUCGAUGUAAAAUUUACCUUAAAAGCGAAAGAUGUCGUUGUAAACAUGCAGCGAAAAUCGCUCAAAGUAGGCCUUAAAGGUCAUCCGCCCGUCAUCGAUGGGGAGCUAUGUUCUGAGAUCAAAAUCGAAGACUCCCUGUGGCAUCUGGAAAAGAACACGGUCGUGCUAACGUUCGAAAAGAUUAACCAAAUGAAUUGGUGGGAUCGGCUGGUGUUAACCGAUCCGCAAAUUAACACGCGCAAAAUCAAUCCCGAAAGCUCCAAACUGUCCGACCUGGACGGAUCGACGCGCAGUAUGGUGGAAAAGAUGAUGUACGACCAGCGGCAGAAGGAGAUGGGCCUGCCGACGAGUGACGAGCAGAAGAAGCAGGAUAUGUUGAAAAAAUUCAUGGAACAACAUCCCGAGAUGGACUUUUCCAAGUGUAAAUUUACCUAAAACCGAUCGAAUG